UCAUCUUAUUAAAAUGGCUUCGAGGACUCUCUUUGUCUUAUUGUCCACAUUGGCUUUUGGCCUUGUGCUGUCAUCAGUAUCAAGGCCAGCAGAAGCACAAGGCUUGACUGUUAAUUUCUACAACAAGACAUGUCCUAGUCUCGAACUCAUUGUGUUCUCCGAGGUCUCUUCCAUUCUCAACCUCGUUCCAAGCCUUGCUGCUCCUCUUUUGAGGUUGCACUUCCAUGAUUGUUUCGUGAGGGGAUGUGACGCUUCAGUGUUACUGAACUCCACAGAAGGCAAUGUGGCCGAGAAGGAUGCAACUCCAAAUCUAUCACUCAGAGGCUUUGGAGUCAUCGACAGGGUGAAGGCCAAGGUGGAGAAAGCUUGUCCUGGAGUCGUCUCCUGCGCUGACAUCCUCGCUCUUGUGGCUAGAGAUGCAGUGGUUAUGGUCAGAGGCAAGUUUUGGCCUGUGGCAACCGGCCGGAGAGAUGGCCUGGUGUCGUUUUCCAACGAGACUUACCAGCUGCCACAGCCCACUGCAAACAUCACCACAUUGAUCUCCAUGUUCCAAUCCAAAGGAUUAAGCGUGAAGGACCUUGUUGUCUUAUCAGGUGCGCACACAAUCGGCAUCUCUCACUGCUCGUCCAUCAACCACCGCCUCUACAACUUCACCGGCAAGGGCCCGGCGCUCGACCAGGAGUACUUGUCGAAGCUGAGGACGAUCUGCAAGCCCAACGACACCGUCACGUUUGUGGAGAUGGAUCCAGGGAGCUUCCGGACGUUCGACACGAGCUACUACAGAGGAGUGUCAAAGAGGCGAGGGGUCUUCGAAUCUGAUGAGGCUCUGCUGACGCACCCCUUGACGAAAGCUUACGUGCUCAGUCAUGCCGGCGAAGCCUCGCAGGCCGAGUUCAUGGAGGAUUUCGGGAACUCCAUGAUCAGCAUGGCCAGCGUCGGCGUGCUCACUGGCUCAGCUGGUGAGAUCAGGAAGAAGUGCUCCGUGAUCAAUUAGAUUAGCGUUGUUUGUCCAUAUGAAUCGAUUUUACGUCAAAUUAUCUACAGAUUAUAUACUUUAUUACACUUUUGACUGUUUGUUGCUUGGAUUCUUUUCAACACUUUGGAAUUACUUUUGCCAGUACCAUUUCUCAAGUA